AUGGGCUACCUAAUCAGAAUAGCCAUCGCGUUUAUUCUCCUAAUGAUAAAUGAUAAGGCGCCAUUUGUGAGAAGUUUUUUUACCGCAAGCGGUGGUGGAGAAAUAACCCAGAGGGGGGGAAGGAAAAGAAGAAACGACUUCUACCACUUAUCGAAACGGAAGAAAGGCGCAAGGGAGGCGCUUCUAAAUAAUGUUGCAGGAACACAGGGAGGGAGUCAGUUGAGCGGCCCGCCCGUAAUAGAUGGGGUAGACAAAGUGGAGAACGCAAGUUGUAGUGAUGAUCAUGGUGAUGAUCACCGUGAUGAUGGUACAGGUAUGCAGGGUGAGGAGACGGGUGGAAGAUACGCAAGUGGACUGGACCUGUUCCAGAAUGAUUGUCUACAGUUGAAGCAGUGGUACCUAGGACAGGAGGUGCGGGAAAAGUGGAAGGAGAAGCACGUGGAAAAUGUACGAAGCAAUUACGAGAAAGUUCUACUAAACAACAAGUACAACGAAUUGUUUAACAUGUAUAGAAAUAUAAAAAAGAAUAACGUGGAAAAUUAUAAAAAGAGAGUUAAAACUAACAGAAUCAAUCCAGUCAUCUAUGUAAAAAAAAGGCUAGUCUCCGCAACAGCAAAGUAUAUUAAAAUGUCUUUUAUGAAAACGAGGAAAAUUCUUUGGAAAAUCAGAUACAUGCCCAUAAUAAAGGCUUUCGCAUUUCUGUAUUACUACGGCACAAACAAAUAUACAGUGAAUAUUUACAAGUGCAUAAAAUCGUGCCUCUUUAACGCUAUUAAUAAAUAUGGGCGGAAUAAUAUUAAGCCCGUUUUUCACACGCUACAGGCUAAUAUGGGUGGAUAUACCAAGAAGAUUAACAUUCGUGCAAAGGGGAAAACGGAUAUCAUACGCGAGCCGCACACGCACAUUCGGGUGGUUCUCGAGGUGUAA